AGACAUAUUUGCACGCCUCUUGCCCGAGGGGCCGGCGAAUUCUCCUCGUCCGUAGCCGGUGUGGCUCGAGGCAUGCGCUGGCGCUUAGCCGUUUUGGCUCAAUUCUGACUCAAGCAACCCCCAAUCGGCUUUUCCAGCAUGGACGAGGUCGACAUUGAUGCACAGAUUUUGGCGCUGCCCGCGAGACGCGUCUACGGAGGGCAGUCUUCUGGAAGCUCCCGGAACGCGCUCACGUAUGCAGUGUUCGAGGACACCCGUAGCAAACGAGGUUCUGCUGGCCUGGCGAAGUCGUGGCAGAUGGAAUCGUUUCUGCAAGGCUUCCUAAGUGCAUUCCCAAUGUACGCUGCUGCGCCGACUGCGUUUCUGCUCGCAGCAUUCUACUAUGCGUAUGUGGCCUUACGUGUCGUUAUCCGUGCUGGGCGCCCGGUCUUCAGGCACUUCGCAAAGUUCGACGCCUGCCGCGCCACUUUGUUCUACGCUAUAGAGCUGUUCCCUGCCCCAGGCGAGUCACCGUUCGCGCCGCGGCUCCGCGUAUGCAGCGCCGCCUUUCUGACCUACCGGAACUACUACUCCGAUUAUUUGCAGGCCGGACCUCAGGCACCCCUCCGCACCUGCAUUCCAGAGUUGCGCAUUAUGGAUUUUUCGAGCCUCUUGUUCGUCUCAUUGCAAAGGCAUUUGCACGACGUGCGUCGCCCCACUUGGGAAGAGAUCCAGCGAGAGAGGGGGCGCGCGAACACUUCCGGGCUUCUGACCAUUGACACGCUGUUUAAAAGAAGGAAAGUCGAAGAUUGCGUGGGCCACCCGCAAGACGACCCCUUCUAUGAUGACUGGCGUGGCCUCGGCGGUUGUAGGCUAACCCCGCCGACAGACAGGUGGUUCGCUCUCUUGCUGGAGUGCUGGCAUGUAGCUGCAGACGUAUCCCCGGACGUAUGUUGGGUCUUGUCGACUCUGAGUCUCACCCGUUCGACGGGGAUUUUUACAUGCAUGGUCGCGCGCUUGCGUAAGCAGCCGGACAUGUCCGUGGAUGACAUGGUGGGCGUCCUCCGCGCAGUGCCCGCCGAAGAUUUCAAGCCGCAGACGCACACGUUUGACACAUCUACGAUGUCUGUGAGCUCUGUGGAAGAGCAGAUCAGGGCCGUGCUGGCGGCGCUGCCUAAUUUCGUCCGGGAGGUCGGUUGCCUUCAGGCGUGGGUGCGAGUGAAGAUUGCGAACGUGGGCCCCUUCCGAAAACAGCACUUGCUUGGGAACCUCGCGUGCCUGCAGCGCCGUCACCCCAAAACAUCACUGGCGGCUUGCAUCCCGGAGGGCUUGUUUCAAUUCGUUGACGCGCCUGAGAGCGGAGCGAUGGGCGGCGAGUGCAAGCUUCUGGACACUUUCGCCCCUCUGAUGUCUGAGCGCAACACGUCACUCGUAGCCAAGGAUUUCCUGCGCCAAUACGACACCCCGAAGCGCAUUGACGGCUACUUGAAUCUCGCGCAGGAGGUGCGCGCAGAGGACGCCUCAAUGUCAGAAGCUAAAACUUUGAUAUGCGAUGCUUAUGCUUUUUUGAGGCGCCCCGCGGUAUGGCCGCACUUGCAUCGCAUGAAGGUGCAAAGUGCCGGCGGCGUCUUCGAGCUUCUUCGUGAGAGGGAGGCUUUCUCAUUCUUCAUGUAUUUGACGAAUAUGUGUCAGGCAUGCCAUAGUGAGCGCGAUGCAUCCUCGUAGCCUUGCUCCUCCUGGAGCCUCAUCCCGCGCGGGCCUCAAAAGCAGCGAAGAAG